GUGGACACAAAUUUAUUACCAAGCCUUGACGAAUUUCACACCUGCACGUAACAAUAUAUACAUAGUUUAGGAAUUGAUUGAUAAGCCCGUCUUAUCGGAUUAGAUUUCUUGCUUCUUUCCAAAAUGUAAGUAUAAAACUAGCAUUAAAUACCCAAUCAUUUCAGUUCAUACUCGGUCGGAUUCAAAAAUCAUUCAUCUUCGCUUAACGCAGUAACUAUGAUUCAACUACUGUUGCUCUUCGUCAUUAUUCCAGCUGCGAUACUCCAAAAUGCAGACAAUGUGGACCACCAGAGUUGGGACACAGUAGCUUUCCGUCCAUGCGGUGGCGUUCGACCUGUUCCCAGAGAAGUUCGUCUGUUAGACUGCCCAAGUUUGCCAUGCUUGUUACCCAGAGGUACCGAGGCAAAGAUGGCAAUGGAUUUUACUUCCGUUCAAGAAGCCACGAAUAUGCGCACCAUAGUGACCGCAACAGCAUUGGGCGUCACUGCUCCUUAUGAGCUGCCUGCCGACCGUUCUGCCGCUUGCAACUGGUUGGUACAAUCACGUUGCCCAACUAGCCCUGGGGAGGAUUUGACUUACCACUUGAGCAUGCCGAUCACUGCGAUUUAUCCGCUGGUCAGUGUGACCAUCGAAAUCGAUGUCGUGGAUCAAACACAGCAGUCACAUGGCUGUUUUGUUAUAGAUGCUCGUGUUGUUCCCAGAUAGAAGUGUAUUGCUGGUGUUUAAUGAACCUGUGUAUUUUUAGGAGAAAUAAAUGAAAAAAAUCAUAA